AUGGCAUCGAAAAGGGUAUCUCGUGAGGAGGGUCAGGGUAAUGAUGAGAGGGAUCUUCGAGUUUCUGGUAAGCGGAGACGUGGCGAGCCAGAACAAGCAGAGACCCCACACCUUUCGUCUCUUGCCUCUGCCAGUAGUAAUGUGACAAAUGAAAUCGCAUUGUACUUGGAACCUGUACUUCGAAAAGUGCUGCAAGAUGUGCUUCCACCUAUGCUCCAGCGUCACCUAUCCCCAUGUUGCGGAUCUGGUGGUGGAAGAGUUUUGCAAUUGUGCUUCAUGAAUAAAUUGCCUCCAACAAUUUUCACACAGUUCAAAAUCACAGCUGAGGGAGGAUCUUCACUUCAAAUCGAGCUGCGUGAUGCUAAGUCUCAGCAACGCAUAGUCAGGGAAGAAUGUUACCCCAUGAAGAUCCGGAUCUGUGUCUUAAAUGGUGACUUUGGAUCCAAUGAGAAUGAGGAUUGGAUUGCAGAGGAAUUUAAUGCCCAAACUUUAAGUCCAAGAGAGGGAAAAGGACCGUUACUGAUUGGGGAUACGGUUAUUACACUAGAAAAUGGAGUUGGUUACAUCACAGAGAAGAUUGUGUUUACUGAUAAUUCGUGCUGGACAAGAAGCAAAUCGUUCCGGUUAGGAGUUAAAAUAGUGCAAUCUAAUUCCAUUGAAGCGGACAUUAGGGAAGGUAGAAGUGAACCUUUUAAGGUCUUGGAUAACCGAGGUGUGGCAUACAAGAAACACGACCGUCCUUCAUUGAAUGAUGAGGUGUGGCGUCUGAAAAGGAUAGCUAAAGGUGGUAAACUUCACAAGCAAUUGUCCUUGAUUGGAAUAAAAACUGUCAAGGAUCUUUUGCGGUUGUACAUAACCAACCAAGCUUCAUUACUAGAGAAAAUCGGCAAAGUUGCAGCUAGGUCAUGGGAUACAAUUAUUGAACAUGCUCAAGGUUGUGAUGUAAACAAUGAUGAGCGCUACAUCUAUCCCGCAGCAGAACACUUAACAUUCCUUGUCUUCAAUUGCAUCUAUGAAGUUGUGGAGGUGGCUCUUAAUGGCCAAAAUUUCCGUUCUCUACAAUCUCUGAAUUUUGAAGAGAAGCUUUUGGUGGAAAGAGUUAAGCAGCAAGCUUACAAAAAUUUGAAGGAUCUGGUGCCACUUGAGACUACAACACAAGACUUGAUGAAGACAUUGACAGGUGUACAAGCUGCACAAUAUGGUGAUCCAGGUCAAGGUCCGCGACAGUUCGACUUCCCAAUUGCUCAGCAAGGCCAACCAGAAACGUGGCCAUACUUGUGUCAAGCAUCAACCUCAACAUCAAUUAUUGAUGAAGCCGCACGGAUUGACCAGGAAGGUUCAGCAGAGGGACAGUUUAUCUCUGUUGAUGAUGGAAACGGAUGGCUCGGUAAUGUAUCACAGAUUGAUGAAUUUGCAAGUUUCUUUCCUCCCAUUAACCAACUGGUGCAAGCAAAUCCUUUCCCCUAUACAUAUGAUGAUGGAGCAGAAUGUAGCAAUCGUUCCUCUUUACCCAACUCUGCUGUGUAUGUAUCAAGCAAAGGGAAACGCAAGACAGUUUGGCAUAAGAUUCGAACAGCUCUCAAAUGGGUCAUAAUGCAUGUAGCUAAAAGGAAGGCAAAAUCUUUUCAUCGUCAGUAA